GGCAUGCCCCGGGCAUGCUUUAAACUAAAAGACAUACUUCCAGGGUACUUAUGUCCUGCAAAUCCGGACCCCUCCGGAUUUGUAGGAUAUAAGAGUACUCUACUUCCAGUAGAGGCAUGUCUAAAAAUUUUUUU